AUUGCGCGACAUCUAUAAUCAUUUUUGGUAGUAUAAAUCACUUGAUCUUGUGAAAUAAGGUGUAAAACUUUCGUUCAACAUUUGCGUUGUUACUGUAAAAGACAAAAAUGUCGGCACCUUAUCCAACUGAUGACCGCAAUCAAUAUCCAUCAGGAGCUCCUUAUGGAGCUCCGUACCCUCCUGCUGGAGCUCAAAUGCCUGGAUAUGGCGCUCCGGGUUACCAAGGAGGAUAUGCACCACCUCCAAGUGUAGGAUUUUCUAAUCCUGGAUAUCCACCACAAACAGGUUAUCCACAACAACCAGGAUAUCCACCACAAACAGGUUAUCCACAGCAACCAGGAUAUCCACCGCAAGCAGGUAAAUAA